AUAGCCGUUGGGGUUGGUGGCUGGGGGGCCACGGCCGCCACUGGCAGUGUGGCCUGGGUCCUCAGCGCCAAGGCGGGGAAGCCACUUCUUGGGCCCACGCAACAGCCGUCCAUGGUCUGCUGAGCGUGGUGCCAUGCCUCUGCCGCUCCUGCUGCUGCUGCUCACUCUGCUGGACCCCAGCAGUCACCUCCAACCCUGGGGUCCCCGGGGUGCAGGUGCGGAGGUGGCCACGGAGCCCCCAAACAUCCGGAACCGGAGGCAGGUGACUGAGUGGGAUCCAAUGGAGGAAGACUAUGAUUCAGUACCCACAGACCCCCCAGAAAUCCUGGAGAACAGCACCUCAGCCAUGACCCCUCAGCUACCAAAUGAGACAACAACACAGGUGCAGGGCAGCUCCCAGCUCAGCACGCUGGAGAUGGCCACCGGGGACCCUGCUGGCCUGGAGAAUGGGACACAGACUCCGACUGUGGCAGCAGACACUCGGGGGACUCUGGCCACCGAACCGGCCACUGCGGCCCCUCUUCUCCCAGUGGCUGUGUUCACUCAGAGGGCUCCAUUGACAGAGCUGGUCACCACAGAAGCCCUGUCUACGGGGCCGGCAACCACAGAGGCUAUAACCACAGGACCAGCAGCCACAUGGGCUGUAACCAUGGGACCAGCAGCCACAGAAGCUAUAACCACAGGACCAGCUGCCACGGAAGCUCUGUCCACGGGGCUGGCCGCCAUGGAAGCUGUAACCACAGGACCAGCAGCCACAGGGGCUGUAACCAUGGGACCAGCAGCCACGGAAGCUGUGACCACAGGGCAAGCAGCCACAGAAGCUAUAACCACAGGACCAGCUGCCACAGAAGCUCUGUCCACGGGGCCGGCCACCACAGAAGCUGUAACCAUGGGACCAGCAGCCAAGGAAGCUAUAACCACAGGACCAGCUGCCACGGAAGCUCUGUCCACGGGGCUAAUAGUCAUGGAAGCUGUAACCACAGAAUCCACUCCCAGAGACAUCCUGUCCUUCGUCCCAGUGGCCAUAGAGGCUCAGUCCACAGAAGCCCCCGCCACAGUGGCUGAUGGCCUGGCAGCAGUAGGCAACCUGGCGAGCCUCAGCCCCCCACGGGCCCAGGACCGCAUCCCCGUGAAGCAGUGCCUGUUGGCCAUCCUCAUCCUGGCACUGGUGGCCACCAUCUUCCUGGUGUGCACCGUGGUGCUGGCGGUGCGUCUGUCCCGUCGCAAUCACAUGUACCCUGUGCGUAGCUACUCGCCCACCGAGAUGGUCUGCAUCUCAUCCCUGUUGCCCGAGGGGGGGGACGGGGCGGCUGCGGCCAACGGGGCCCUGGCUGGCGCCAAGAGCCAGGGCCCCAAGGCAGAGGCGGGGGAGGAACGGGAGGGUGAUGACCUGACCCUGCACAGCUUCCUCCCGUAGCUGCCACCACGGGCCCCAGGCCACGGGACGGGGCUGAGGGCAGGGAUCUGGCAGCCCUGUCCUCCCUCACUGCUUCCUGCCCACUCACACCGAGGAGACCCUGCACCCACCCCAUCCUCCAUCCUCUCACGCAGGAAGGGAAGGGGUGGGCCGGACCAAGGCUGCCUAAGCCCACUGACUGGCCUCCCGUGUCCAGGUUACCCUGUCCUGCCCAUCGUGUCCCCUGCCAUCUCUGUCCCGCUCAGAGGAGCACCGGCUGCCAGCCUGGGCGACAGUGCAGACACCCUCAGUGUAGGAGGGAGCAGUGCUUGCAGGCCUGAGGCCUGUGUUCCCAGUCCCCCUGAACUCAUGUGCCAGGGAGCCUGUCUCUCUGUCCCUCUCAGUGAUGAAUAAAUACAUAAACCUGUAAAUAA